GUUAAAAACGCAAAAGUUUCCAUGUGCUCCAGCUCCUCCUGGUCAUUGUUUGUAGGCUACUAGGCUUGUAGCUUCUCCCCUCGCCAUAGCUUUUUGCUUCUCACGAGUCACGCCACCCAAAAAAAGAAAAGGAAAACUCAAGAGUCAAAUCUUUCCGACCGAAAACCCCUGUCAUGGUGAUCGGUUCUUUCGAAAGUUGAGCCAAAGACGUCGGUGUCGAUGUCAGAGGAAACUUAUCCGCAGUGCGAUGAAGCUAGUGCCGGAUACCAGAACCAGUUCAGAAAAUAUAGCAGUGUGUCCGAGAUAGAGGAAGAGAGUCCAAGCGAGACCUUUGAGAUCAACCAUGGAGUACCGAUGGCAUCGAUCAGAGAAGAGGUUGAAGGCAGUUUGUUUUCGUUCGAUGUUCAGAACUGGGAAGAUAGCGUGUAUGUGGCCGUGGGCAAGAGCGACUCCAGCAUGGACGCGCUAGCCUGGACAUUGAAGCACGCUGUUACUCCCUCCACCAUCGUCUAUCUCGUACAUGUCUUCCCGGAGACACGGUACAUCCCAAGUCCAUUGGGAAAGCUUCCUAAGAAUCAAGUGAGUCCAGAGCAAGUGGAGAGCUACAUGGCCAAAGAAAGAGGCAAGAGGGGAGAACUCCUUCAAAAAUUUAUUGAUGCAUGUUCCACUUCCAAGGUUAAGGUAGACACCAUUCUAAUAGAAAGUGACACGGUUGCAAGUGCUAUCCGGGACCUCAUUCCUAUUCUCAACAUAAGAACGCUGGUUGUUGGAACAACCAAGUCCAGUGUAAGGAAAUCAAGGUCUAGGAGAGGCAGUGGGGUAGCUGAUCAAAUGCUUCAGAAUGCACUGGAAGGUUGUGUGGUUAAGAUCAUAUGUGAAGGAAAGGAAGUGAUCGAGACUGAAGAGAUGAUUGAGUCACCUUCUCCACGUAGCAAUGACAUUAAUCCCAAGCCUACCCAAGAGGAAGAUCAACGUAACGAUACCUUUUCAUGUAUGUGUUUUAAAAUUUAAACCCAAUUAAGUGUAUGAAAGUUGUACUACAUAAUUGCCAUGAAACACUUCAAGGUUAUGGACAGAUUUUUGGGAUAGAAUCAAACUGCAUGUAUCUGAUGUUGCAUAUUAAUCUACACUGACUGCGCUC